CCCAUACGAUUUGAUACAUUAAACGAACACCAACAUCAGAUUCAUUCACCGUCUUCUACAGUUUCUCCGGCAAAGGACCAUAAUGUUUACCUCCAAGCUGCUGACUUUAGUGUUGGUGGUGCAGCCUGGCCGAGUCUUACUGGGCAUGAAAAAGAGGGGUUUCGGAGCAGGGAAGUGGAACGGGUUUGGAGGUAAAGUCCAGCCUGGAGAAACCAUAGAGCAGGCUGCUAGGCGGGAACUUCUGGAGGAGAGCGGCCUCACUGUAGAUGCACUGGACCUGGUCGGAAACCUCAAAUUCGAGUUUAUCGGGGAGACGGAGCUCCUUGACGUCCAUGUCUUCAGGGCGGACUCUUACAACGGAGAACCAACGGAAUCCGACGAGAUGAAGCCUCAGUGGUUUGACACUGACAAAAUUCCCUUUGGUCAAAUGUGGGCAGAUGACACACUGUGGUUUCCCCUGCUGCUACAGAGGAAGAAAUUCCGAGGCUAUUUUAAAUUUCAGGGCCAUGAUAUUAUUGUAGAACAAAAGCUAGAUGUAGUGGAUAAACUUUGA